UAUCAAUAAUGAAUGUGUGUGUGCAGGUCUCAGUCUGGUGGUUGGCCUGGUGUUAUAUAUCUCAAGUAUUAAUGACGAGGUGAUGAACCGACCCAGAGAGCCGGAGCAGUUCUUCCACUACCGCUACGGCUGGUCCUUCGCCUUCGCUGCCUCCUCCUUCCUGCUGAAAGAGGGGGCAGGAGUCAUGUCAGUCUAUCUCUUCAUGAAGCGUUACGCUGAGGAGGAGCUGUACCGGCCUCACCCCGCCCUCUACCGACCCCGUAUGUCUGAAUGCAGCGACUACAGUGGCCAGUUCCUCCACCCAGACUCCUGGCCCCCCCCCCAGCGGGGCCGCAGCGCUUCCGAGGUAUCCUCCGACAUAUCCAUCCAGCUCAACCAGCAGACUCCACCUUCAAAGUCGCAACCCAAGGGGGGCAGCAGCUCCCAGCAGACGCCCUCUUCCUCUGGGCCUUCAUCAGCUGCCAGCUACCAGCACCAGCCGGCCUCCUCCUCCUCCACUUCCUCCUCCUACCCACACCCCCUCCAUCUGGCCGCCACCUCCACCCUACCCAGAGCAUCCCAUGGCCACCCUCAGUCCCAUCCCCACCCCAGCGGACCCCCACCCCAGUCCCUGCCGAUGGGGGUGCCACCAUCAGCCGUGCCUCCUCCGCGCUAUCACGCGCACAUGCGAAUGAGUGCCUCGCCAUGCUAGGCUACUUAAACAAAACACAACUGGGGGGGGGGGCAGAUUGGUUAUAGCUCUUACACACCACACACACACAAACACAAUUCCUCUAUCUACAAAAUGUGUGGGAGGAAAGAUGCAGCAGAGUGGUUGAAGGAGGGAGGUUUAGGGAGAUCAAAUAGAGGAAAGAAAAAAGAGGGGAGGAGGGGAGGAGCAGGUGGGUGGAGGGAUGACUCACUGCUGCUGCUCAGCCCGAGACGAAGACAGAACUUUAAACACGCUGGGAGGGAAAACGGGAGGGGAUACGAUGAUUAGUAGCAACAAGACAUUUGUGAGGUUUCUGACGGGUACAUACUGUACAUCAUCGGGGCCGUGAUACCCAGGGUGAAGCAGCACAGGAAACAGGAAGCUGAAUCUUUUCCACAACUCUGGCCAUUCACUAAAAGAACAAACAUGUGAAAUAAGGUAUCUGGCUAAAAAUGUAUUAUCCUUUCAUCAAACAAGGAAUAAGGAUGCCUCCUUUAAAAAGAUUUUAAGAAAAUGGAUCAAAUAUCUUUUUGGAAUGUCAUCGACAUGGUUGGGAAGGUUACUAUGUUACAUCUUCAUUACCUUUGACCACUUUCUUAACAAAUAAUGAAACCAUAAGAGCAACCACUGUAAAACACUGACUUGUAAUUCCAAACAAGACUACAGUGAUAUGGAUGUUGAUUAUGAUAAGGAGUACAGGUGAUGGAUAAAAAGACAAUUCAGAGUGAUAUUGGUUCAGUUUACUGUGAAUGUAAAAAUAACGGAACCCCAGAAUAUUUUCAAAUUAGGGCUAUCAGCGAUGAAAUGCCUAGUUGUUCAUUAUGCAUGUUAAUUAAUCCCAAAUUAAUAACAUAUUACCCAUUUACAAUAAAACUUAACUAAAGAAAAACCAAUAUAUUAUAUACAAUAUUCAUGUCAACAUUGAAGUGGACAUAUAAAAGAUAACCUUUCUUUCUAACAACCAUAUUUCAAGAUGGCAUUUGAACACAUAAGAACCACAUUGUGAUUGACCUUUACCCAAUUUUAAAAUGUUUGAUCUCGAUCACACCAUUAUGUUACUUAAUGUCACCUUGCUGCUGUCUGUUGACAUUAGCUGUAGCUGUUGGCCAAGCAGUAGUGUAGCAUUACGAAUCCAUUAUUAUGUGUCAUCGGCUAGUUAACUGCUAGCAGCUAACGUGAAUUAGCUCUCCUCCUGCCAAUAACAACACAGAUGUGUUGUUUAUAAUGUAGCAUUAUCAGGGAUUCUUUCCCAGUAUUGCUUCCCAACCGUGUUCAUGAAGAACUGACUGAUAUGAUAAAUAAUGUCUAUAUGAUAAUAAUCCGUAGUUCAUACAGUAUCACAAAUAUUAUAUACACAAUCGGAGGUAAACUGUAUAUGCAUAGAGAUUUACACUUUAACUGUAUAGAAAGUAUUCUUCCCCCUCAUGCUGAAACAAAAACGUAAUCCCGUACCAUGAGGUGUAUAUAUUAAAGUAUGUUUUAGGUGUUUUAGCUAUUACAUUUUUAUAAGCUGUAUUUUAAGAGAGAAGCUUUGGGAGUGAAUGUUUAAAUGUUGAUGGAUGAAACUGAGAGACUUUCUAAAGUGUCGAUUGAGGUUGGAAAUGUUCCUCGGUCGCGUCAGCAGGAUUCUGCAACGUUAGCAUUGACUGAACAAGAGGCUGUCCGUGAUCAUCCUGGUUUCAAUCAAAAUGGCUGCCUUGGAGAUGCUGUUGCCAUGGAAGUGAUUUCUUAGGUAUGUAGAUAUUGGUAUUUGAAACCAGAACUCUUACAGCCAGGUUCAGAAAUGGAAACCGACUCUUCCUGGUUUUAUUUAUGAUAAUAUAAGGUUUAUAUUAAGAUAUGGCACUUUGAUGAACACAUGCGUACAUGGGAGGCAAACUGAAAACCUGAGACAGAUGGCUUUGCAUUUCAAUGUACCUCCUGGUUUAAUCUAUUAUUCAUAUAAGUAGCUCAGUCUCAAUUUAUUGGAGUCUACAUCUUUUCACUAAUAUCUGUUGGGUCCAGACAAUUACUUAUCAAGUGUAUUUCAGAGAUGAAGGUUUCAUCUGUCUUGUGAUAGAGGAAAGACUAUUGUACCAUUUGAAUGGAAAUACCUGUGAAUUGUCUCAGCCACUGUAAACUACCCAACAUCUUAGCCAAAUUGAUAUUCCAAAAAGUCCCAGGUAAAAUAAUACUUCGCCUUUUUUUUCCAACGGCUUUCAAUAACCCAUAUUUAAGUUUUAUGCUAUGGCAUGUCAUCGUUAAAUUGAAGGGAGGAGGUUGGAAAUGUCAAAAUCCAGUUUUUGAUAGAUUGUGACAGAAUGAUUUACUUAACUGAAUACUGAAUCAAUUACUACUGUUUCAACUCAAGAUCCACUUGCUCGCCUGUUCUGAAGUCUUGACCCAAUCUCAAGGCCCUCAUCAGGAAAUCAAUAUGAAAUGUGCAUAUGUUGAGUGGCAUUUUUUGGGGAACAUUUAGGAUUUUCAGUUUGACUCCCAUUGAAGUUUUCAUGUUGCACAGUGAAUUAAAGUGAAACACUUAAGAAGUUCUUGUUUUUGUAGCAUAUUAACAAUCAUGCCCAGCAUAGGGCAUUAUUUGUAGCCUUUUUAGACCUACGCGGAAAAAUGUUAUGCUUACAUCCUGUGAUACUGUUAAGAGAAGAACAAUGUAUCAAAUUAACUGCUGUGUUAGCAUCUGUUAUGAAUAUUUGCUUUGUGGAAAAUAAAUAGGAAAUAACUUAGCCGAUGAGUAUGAGAGCUUUUGCUGAUGUUUUGCGAUGUUUCUUUUUAAUUGCCAAAGCUGAGCAUUCAUGCUGUGUAGUGAGCACACACACAAGCACACACACACACACACACACACACACACACACACACACACACACACACACAUUUAUGUAGCUGACUUCUGAGGAGUUGUUUUCUCAGAUAUAAAAAUCAGAACCAACAGUGUUUCUGAGGACAUCACAGCAGAGACGUACAGUUUUGAUGCUGUGAGCCGCUUUCUCAAAUGUUUACUUCCUUUACUUCCAGAUCCCUAACUGUGAUCAUGGUGUAAAUAUUCAUACUGAACACACAUUACACAGUCUACCUAAGACGUGUUGACAUUAUCAAGGUAAAGAAAUGUUUAAAGUUUACAUGUUGAGUCCAAUGACAUUUGACUGACUCAAUACUGGUCAAAAAUCGAUCUUAAGAUUAAUGUGACUUUAAUUGUUUAUUUUUCAUAAUUUUUGCAAACAUGCUAUAUGCAGGAGUGUGAUUUGUAUCUGCCAGCAGUGUUUUGUUAAGUUCAAACCAAUAAAGCUUGCCUGGUUCCAGACUC